GUGAAAUGUACGGUAAUAAUCACUAGAUACUGCACUUGGAUUCACAAACACAAGUUUUCACAAGAAGCAUGCCAUCCAGCUGACUACCAUGGCUUCAUACUCUAAUUUAGUUAUUCUGGUCCUUAUCAUCUUGGACAAGACAUCGUCACAAUCUGGCAUACCAAGUUAUCUCCUCGACUGCCCCGCUGAUGUGUACAUUCUCCUGGAUACAUCGGAAAGUGUUGCACUCAGAGCUCAUCCCUAUGGAACCCUUGUGGAAAGCAUAAAGAAGUUUGCCAUAGAUUUAGUGGAUCGGAUGAAUAGCAGAUUCCAUCGAUGUGAUAGGAUACUGACUUGGAAUGCUGGAGCUCUGCACUACAGCGAUGAGGUAAAGACGAUCAGUGACAUGGUCAGCAUGAGGUCCAACAAGAUUAGCCUCAAAAAAGCCAUUGAAGCAGUGACUUAUCUUGGAAAAGGAACCAACACUGACUGUGCCAUCUCUGCUGCUACAGGACAACUUCUGUCUGGGGGAGGCUAUAGAAAGGGGAAUAAGUUUAUGGUAAUUGUGACGGAUGGACACCCCAAUGAUGGUUACAAGGAACCUUGUGGUGGAGUCAGCUAUGCUGUUAGUGAAGCAAAAUCUGCAAACAUUAAGAUCUUCAGUGUUGCAAUCACUCCUAGCCAUGCGGCUGAACGCAUGAAAGAAAUUGCCACAGAUUCUAGAUAUAAUCACAUUUUAUCAGCAGCCAGUGAUGAUUCUGCAGGACUUAAGCUUACAGUAACAGCCAUCAUCAAUCAAAUAUUGGAAGAUUCACAUAUCACGUGCUGUGAAUUUGAAUGUGAGGGGAUACGAGGGUCACCUGGACCACCUGGAAGUCCUGGUGAACUAGGCAGUGAAGGAAAAAGGGGUCCCUCUGGCAAACCAGGAGGUGCUGGAUCAAAGGGCUCAAGUGGUGAUAUUGGCCCUCCUGGACAUGUAGGAAUCAAGGGUUACAGAGGCCCAGGUGGCACAAAGGGAUCAAAAGGACAAAAAGGACCCAAGGGCAUCAAUGGUAAAAAUGGUUUUGAUGGAAACGAGGGAACAAAGGGUGAGCCUGGUGACCAAGGAUUACCAGGGUGUAAAGGAGAAGUUGGGUCUGAUGGCAUUUCAGGCCUUGUAGGCCAAAAAGGAGAUCCAGGAUCCUAUGGUGCCAAAGGAGAAAAGGGUAAUAGGGGAAUACUGGGCACUGAAGGAUAUCGAGGAGUGCCUGGAGUUUCUGGAGCUAAGGGAAACAUAGGAACCAGAGGACAAAAGGGAAACAAAGGAGAACGUGGGGAUGAGGGAGAUAUUGGAAAAAAUGGCUUAAUUGGGAAAAAGGGUGAAAAGGGUGAGCAAGGUUUGAAAGGUCCUAGUGGCAUCCGAGGACCUCGUGGAGAAAAGGGCAAGGCUGGGCCUAUGGGCCCACAAGGACAUGAAGGAGUUACUGGAGAAAAUGGCAUUGCGGGAGCAACUGGGGAAGUAGGCAUUAACGGCUACAAGGGAGAACCUGGCCCCACUGGACCGGAGGGAAGUAAAGGUUUGAAAGGACCCGUGGGUCUUCGUGGUGAACCUGGAGCACCAGGUGACAGGGGAACAGAAGGGGAGCCAGGUCAGGGAUUACCAGGAUCAGCAGGAUUCCAGGGUUUUCCAGGUCUGCGUGGACCAGAUGGACAAAAGGGCGUUAAAGGCUACUUUGGCUUAAAAGGAGAGCACGGGUUGCAUGGUGACAAUGGAGAUGAUAAUGACCAGCCUGGCAAAGAAGGAGAAAGGGGCCCCAAAGGAUAUGUUGGUCCUCCUGGAGAAAAAGUAGGGUUAUUGAUGUUGGGAACAACUUUAAUCCAUAUUCACAAAAUGUGCUUCAUCCUAGAUAUUUUCGAGCUUUAAAAAAAAUGAAGAAGAAAUAUGAUCACGUAUUGCAUCACAACAUAAUAAAUGGAGUGAUUAUUAUAUUCUUUGCAGUUGCCUACAAACACUAACGCCGCUCUUUUUUCCUCUAUUGGUUACUUCUUUUCACAAUAUCUGUGAAUCAAAUGGCGAAAACAUUUCUGCAAAAUAUAUACAUAUUUAUAUUUUACAGCUUAUUGUGCCAUUUUCUUAAUUUGUAUGGAAUUGUUGCAUGGAUGAAAUUUGUCCAAACUGAAACACCUUUUGAACGAAUUUCAGAGCACCUGAACUAUUUUUUUUUUUUUUUCGGACUAAUCAAUUCGGACAAACUGAUUA